UCCAAAGUUCUUCCGAGACACAUAACUUAAGGUUUGUUGUCCACUUCCAAGCAGAAGCGAAAGCUUGCUAUUCGCGACCUGCUCGACAUUACUGCUUCCUUCGGCUCGUUACUUCUCGGCCGCAGUGAAUAAUGCUGUUGAAAACGCUGAAUCCUGGUCCCCGAAGCUUGGGUCGGCGUGCUGUCCUAGUUAGCGCCUGUGCCUCGCCUUCGACGAGCGGGCAUCGCGAGCCUGUUCGUCCUGUGGCUUUGCCUUCCGGGACGCUCUGGCUCCUGGAUGCUUUGCAGGACCAGUACUAUAACGUGCGCGGUCCUGCUUUUGUCAUCCCACGUGUUGAGGAGCGUGAGGCCGCACAGGAUUCUGUGCGUCCCUUCCGCGCUAAGUACCUACGAAACAAACCCCUACCGGCGCAUCGGCCGCGGCCCUCAGAUGGCGGUCCCACAGCACUCAGCCUGAUCAACCAGGCAAUUGCGGAGCACCCAACUGCUCUGACCCUCAUCAGCCAUGGUCCGCUGCUAGAUGUGGAUGUUGAGGUGGCCCAGGCGCCAUCUGUCGGGGCAGCUGCUGAUGGCGAGAUGGCUGCAUUGGGAGCAGCAGCAGCAGCGACAAUGCAGGCCAGCCGCUGCACGGGCAUUGUACACGUGCCCAGCAUCGACGGGGACGAGGAGGCCGCUGCUGGUGGGGCCGAGGGCGAGCUGUACCGCACCUCCAGCACCUCCCCGCGCAGGACCAAGAUGCUGCGCUUCACCUGCCUGGCUAACGGCUGCCGCGCCGUCAACAUCAAGCCCGUCAGCCCCGCCUCCUUCACCGCCGGCACCGUGUGUGCCCAGUGCGCCCGCUGCUCCGCCUGGCACCUCAUCCGGGACCACCUGGGACUGUGGGACCCCUCGCGCCGCCGUACGACACGCCACCGGCAUGGCGGCAGCAGCGGCACCCGGCACCGGGAUGCUGGGGGUACGGAUGGUGGGGCUGCUGCUGACCCAGAUGGGGUGGCGGAUGAGGUGGCGGGCUCGCUGGCAGCGGGUGAGGUUCCGGAGCCGCUGCGGCUGUCGGCGGAGGAGGUGGAGUUUUUCAG